AUGCACGCUAAAAUUUUUCGUAGCAUUUCAACCAGUUCUAUAACUUGCUUAGAAUCAUUGAGGCCAGAAAGUUAUCAAACUAUGGAAAGUUACAGACUUAUUCGAUUGAUUAGAGCAAAAAUAGCUCGAAAUUUAGAACAGGAAGGUGUACAGCAAGGAGAUGGAAUGCAGGAUAUGUCACUUGUUGAAGAUAUAUCGAAUCUCCAAUGUGUGGAUUUCGAAGCUAGUACUAGUGGUGACUAUGGUCAGCAAUCCUUAACGUCUAUGAAUUGUGCAACAGUUCGUAAUGGUGAAUGUUACAAUCAGCAGGUUUUUGCGGAGAAUUCGGAGAUUUCGCAAUCUCAGUUACCACCGUGCAUUUCAAGGGUUAAAGAACGAUAUGAUGGUGUAAGUAUUACCAUUCCAGUUGGUGGCACAUUGUCGCGUGCACCACGAAGCAAAAUUGUUUUAGCGAAACCGAAGUCUAAUGGAAAUGGGUUCAAAUCAACAUUAAGAGAACGAAAUGCCUCAAUGUUUCUUAAUGAAUGGCUUGCUGAUGUUCACUUUAUUGUUGGUAUCGGCGAAAACAGUGAGCGAAUACCAGCUCAUUCUUAUGUUUUGGCAAUAGCAUCAGCUCCAUUUAAUGCUAUGUUCAAUGGUGGAUUCGAAAAGAACGAUGAAAUUGAGCUACCGGAUGUGGAUCCAGUCGCUUUCAAAAUUUUACUGAAGUAUCUGUACUGUGACAACAUUGAAUUGGAUUCUUCAAAUGCUCUUCCUACGCUAUAUGCAGCAAAGAAAUAUAUGAUAACCCAUCUGGUGCAAGCAGCCGUUGAUUUCCUUAAUUGUAAUUUGAAGGCGGAAAAUGUUUGUUCAUUGCUUACUCAAAGCCAGCUCUUCGAGGAAGAACAAGAACUUAUUGAUAGGUGUUGGAAAUUAGUGGAAGUGGAUGCCGAAAGAGUUCUAACAUCGGAUACCUUCUGCGAUAUAGAUUUUACAUUGUUUGACGAGAUUUUAUCGCGUGAUGCUCUUCUUACCCGCGAAAAAUUGGUCUAUGAAGCAGCUUUAAAAUGGGCGAAAGCUGAAUGUGGGAGGCGGGAUUUAUCUAUUUCACAAGUUAAUGUGCGGAAUGUGCUAAGCAAAGCUUUGUAUCACAUUCGUUUUCCCGCCAUGACGAUUUAUGAAUUUGCUAAUGGUCCGGCGAAAACGGAUUUGCUCACUUGCCAGGAAAUUAAUGACAUAUUUUUACACUUUGCUGCAGAAGAAAAACCCCAAUUACCAUUCUUGGUAAAUGAACGAAGUGGUCUACGGUUGUUUUCAUGUCUUCGAUUUCAAACAGCUUUGGAAGGAACGAAUCAAUGGCGUUACCGUGGACGAUGUGAUAGUAUUCAAUUCCUAGUGGAUCGUCGCAUUUACGUUGCUGGUUAUGGUUUGUAUGGCAGUAGUGAAAAAAGUUCACAGUACAUGGUUACGAUGGAAUUAAAGAGAGGUGGAGAAGUGGUGGAAAGCAAAAAGGCUGUUCUUUCCUCAACGGGUUGCUCAGAACCUAUUUUGAUACAUUUUGAUCAUCCCGUGCACAUUGAGGCUGAGGUCAAGCAUACAGCAUCGGUUAUCAUGGAAGGCAAAGAUUUGAGCUUUUUCGGCCAGGAAGGCAUGACAGAAGUUGCGGUUGCUAUUGAAAAGGGACACAGUGACGAAGAAGAAAAUGACACUGUGAAUUUUUAUUUCGCUCCAUCAGCGGACAGUAAAAAUGGCACGGGUGUUCAGGGUGGUCAAAUACCAAUUAUUGCUUUUUAUGCAUGA